AUGUCUUCAACAUCAGCCUCUAGCAGUGCUGCCACCACUACUGCAAGUAGCGGCGGAGAGGGUUCGGGCUCGAAUAAUGCUACAAGCUCACCUUUAUUAUUCUUCGUCGCUCUUGGCUUUGGUGUUGUAUUCACAAAUCUAUGGAUCAUUGUUGGAGUCAAAUACUGUUUUCGAUACAAUCAACGAAACCGUCAGCUCCGCAGCGAGGAAGUGGGAGAGCCCAUAGACUUGGUCACCAUGCCACGACCUCAUCGCAGGAGAAGGGAGAAACGGCUAAUGACGAUGGACGAGGUAAACGUGCGGUUUCCACUCGUCAAGUACAAAGUGUGGAGGUCAUCUCGCGCCAACCAGGGUCUUUCAACGGAAGGAGGUAUCACGGCUCCGAAUAGCAGACCACAGAGCCUAAAAGAUGAUGGUGAUAUCGUGACAACGGCGGUUGGGGUUCACACAGCUGCAAUACCACCAUCCAUCAAUGGCCAUGGCCGGGCGGAUUCCAACGACACAUCACGGACUCCCACCCAAGAGCUGCAAGAUGGCCCUCCAGUGCAGACUUCGGAAGAGAAGGGCCCUGCAGUAUCUGGGGUGCCUUCUACUCAGCAAUCCACUGGUGCAGGUACGCAGGGAGAGAAAUGGCAGCAAUCCUUGGCCAAUGAAAACAUCAACAUUAAUCUCGAGGGCCAUGAUGCUGACGGUGGUGCCUACAUUCGUAAUGCUGUUCCUGCUGAUCUUCUGCCCAACCCUGGCGAUUCUUGCGCGAUUUGCCUGGACAUCAUCGAGGACGAUGAUGAUAUCCGGGGACUUGCAUGUGGACAUGCUUUCCAUGCCUCAUGCGUUGACCCCUGGCUGACCAGCAGAAGGGCGUGUUGCCCUCUGUGCAAGGCCGAUUACUAUGUACCCAAACCCCGCGCACAGACCGAAGCACAGUCUGUCACGGAUCGCCGGGGUCGUCGGAUAGCCUCGGACUAUCCGGAUGCAAUUCUCAGACCUCCUCGAGUUGCUUGGAAUGGUGGCAGGGCAAAUGGAUUCCGGGCUCAGAUGGGCUUGCCUAGCCGAAUAUUUCAAUCGACACCCGAGGAAAGAGACAUAUCUACCACUCGAGAACAGCAUGUGCGGAAUGGGCAUGAUCAGCCUUGGAACCCAGCCCAUGCCUCUAAUUCUUCAGGUCAAUCCACCUGGUCUCGAUUUGUUCCCACUCGACUCCGCCAGAUUUCUUUCCAUUUUCCCUCGUCAAGAAGAUCACCUGUAGUUGGGAGUUCACCUGUGGAUCCAGAGAGACGCACACCUCGUCAAGUCGAAGCUGGUACCACAUGA